AGUAUUAAAAUAGAACAAAAUUUUCUUCGUACACCUUGUUCUAAGUAGGGGUAAUGAAAAUAAUAUCGGCAAGGGCCUGUAGUACUACGUCUCUUUUUCUACAGUGAUGAAUGUCGUCAAACAAAAAUAUGUUCUUGCAUGAGGACGAGGACCAGCACAGUGCAGAUCAUCUGCAUCAAGAAUUAUACGCCUCAGGGGGUGUCGUGGUGCAAGAAGAUCAGGAUCAAAGCAAACCAAAUCAGAAUCAAAAAGAGUGUCCAAAAUGGAAGAUCAGUACGACCUUCAAGUGAUAGAAGUAGCAGUCGGCCUUUCGAUCUUUCAUGAUCCAGAAGUCGUUAACACCAGCACGACCUGCUAAGGCUGCAAUAGUAGAAGGCAGUCCGGAACAAGGGGAAGCAGCUCUAGCUCGUCCCAGGAUAUAUGAUUCAAAUUCUUGAUGGCCAUUUCUCUAACGUUAAAUAAAGGAGCUCCACAAAGAAUUGUCGACCACCGUUGCUGGGGCAGGGACGCCGAUUUUUGGGUGGAACCAGCCACGGCCGCCGGAGGAACAAGCUCCUGGUGCCACGACAUUGUGCUAAAAACGGCACUUGGAGGUCCUCCUCAACAAGGGCAGCAGCUUCGGUUGUGUGCCUCUGCUGCACAAAAGAGGGGCCCAGGCGUAGGACUUUUCGGAGAGCAGUAGAACUAGUUGGAGGGCGACGUCAAUCGCGAAGAAGGUCAUGGUCGCGGUCGUGGACCUUCAGCAGUGCUACAACAACGCAAGCACGACCUGGUCGUGCUUGACUAAACACGAUUGCCUGGUGCAGCCUGGUCAACAUGAUAUUCGUAUUAGCAUGGAACUACUUCGCCAGCCAGGUGUUUUUUCCUCUGCUUUUCGUCCCGUGGUUAGCACUCCCUCGGUUUUUUCAUCCGGUGCUAGAAAUUGUACCAGCCUGCUCCCGCCCCCUCCAGAUGUUGACUCUUGUCACUGCCGAGCGCGACGUAGUCCUCAAAGCUGAUGCAAGGCGGGAAUCAUCCAUUUUAACGCAAGAUGAUUCACCCCCGAGCACCAGCACCUCCAGUAGCAGUACGUGCGACCCGAAUUUCACUCAGUACCGGAAAGAGGCCUUGGAAUUUGCGGAAAAAUUGUUGCCGAAAAAGCGGUACUAUCAAAUGCAAAAAUGUCUGGGUCUGGAAGGGUCAUGCUGUUUUUGCAUGACACAGAAGGUCUGGCAUGGAAGCGCUAGCAUCACAGAUUUCCGGGAGCUUCCACAAUGCCGAACCCGCAUGACAAAUCCUCCAUUUUGGUGACAGAAAGUGGGCAGCUUUUGCUACCUAUGCAUGAGAGAUUUUUCUGUGUUCUGAAAUGCGCAUAACAAGUUUGCAUUCUUCCAGACAUCCAGGGAUAUUUGCAAUCCAUAGGUACCCGGUCAUUCAAGACCACGGCAUUCCCGACCCUCUCCCGAUUCAUGCGAAGCCGCGAACGCCGACAAAUUUCACAUUCGGGGGGAUUCUGCCGAGCGAAGCGCACGCCUUAGUGUCCGUGAUCGAACAGUAUAUCCUGUGUAGAUGAUAUGGAUGUGUCAGGAUCGAGAUCGACAAAAUCGAAAUUAUUUGUAAUGCAUAAAAUGCUACGCAAAAAGCGACUCUAUUGCAGAGGAUGCAAGGAAGGCGGAUUGUAGUCCUGGUAAGGGUUAAGUAUUGGGCUGCUGACUAGCAUGACAGAAGGCAGCUCCUUUUCCCUAAACCGCAUGACAGAUUCGCCUCCAGGAUGCGGAGAAUUUGUCAUGCGCCGACUACAAACUGUGGGUCUAACUGGCAUCGAUUUUGUGCAUCACAAGUUUUUCGAUUUUGUCAAUUUCGAUUCUGACACUUUCAUAGAUGAAACGUCCCCACCCGAUACUUGUCGUUGUCAUGCAAAUCUGCAGACCUAGUUAGAAUAACGCUUCUCAUGCGCAGCUCCAUAAGCAGGAGCCGUUUUGAACGCUAUCUUGCAUCUGCGAGUAGUUUGUCCUGCAGAAAUUAGGACGAGGCGACGUGAUCGUGAUCGAUUUCUGAUGCGGCUGCGGCUCUAGCUAAGUACCCACGACGAAGCUGCAAGCUCAAAUUUGUCGCGCGCAGCAGCCAAAUCUUGUUGAUUUGUGUAGCAAGGUGGUCGUCAUCAUCUUGACCAUUAUGGGAGGAGGACGUUUUAUUUCCUGAGGAUCCAGUAUGGAGUCGAUUUUGUGGUGGAAUCCGGCACGGGUUUUGGCGUCAGCGCGGAAAUGGUCGUCACAAAUGCUUAUGUGGACCGCAAUAAAAACGACGACCUGGCAGAUUACAUCGAAAACGAAGAUCAGAUGGAAGAACAGCAGGAAAAUAAGAAAAGUACGGAAAAUAUUUUUAAAGGCACGACUGUGAGGACUGAAUCAAGCCCGGCGCCCUCCAGCACCUUUGUUUUUCAUUCGUUCGAGCUCGAAGCCGAUUGCAAGAUGGAUGGGAAAAUAAACCACACAACUGGAGAUCCAACUACGCUUGCAGCGGGUGGUGCCGGAACAGGACCACGCCAGAGUGCUGCUCCCUUAACUACCACUUCUGCUUCUACUGACGGUCCUGCUGCUGCAGCUGCUAACGCUAAGACCACUGCGAAAGAACAAAGCAAUCGCAAAGCAAAUGCUGGCGCAACAUCUACUUCACAGAACAUCAAGUACAGCGAGGACGAGAUCAGCGCCGCUCUGGUUUUCGAGGAGGACUACAGCAGGCAGGAUGCAAAACUCACGUCAAACACUACCUCUACAUCAACCCCAGUCGUGGCCGCCACCCGUUCUUGCACAACCUCCGCACACACCUGGAACGCGACCGUUGCGCGAAUCUUUCGCCUAUCAACUUCAAAAAUGUCUGGGUCUGGAAGAUUGCCAAGUUUGUCAUGCAUAUUCUGAAUGACCCACGAUAUCUGUGAUGCAUGCCCUAGCAUCACAGAUUUUUAGAGGGCUUUGCGAUGCCUCUACCGCAUGAGAAGUGCCGUCACUGCGUUGCACAAAGUGGAGUCCUCUUGUUGGUCAUGCAAGACUGAUUUUUUUUACCUUCCAAAGACAGCAUCACAAGUUGCAACCUUCCAGACCCAGACAUAUUUGCAUUCCAUAUCGCCGAACAAGCGCGAUUCUGCACGACCGGGAUGGGGGACGGCUGUACCAGAAGGAAUUUCUCAAAUUGCCCUUCUCCACCUACUUGCACAAAACCGGAAAAGGCGACAACCUUCACAAAGCGACAUCAGGAGCUCCGCCUGCAUCAAAAACUUCGAGGAGGAACCCAUGGUUCUCCCCUUCCUCUACUUCUGAUCCCUCCAUUUCUAUGUGCAGCGACGACGCAGAAAACAAAAUCUCUCCCCGCCUCGGCGCCGACCGGUUUCAGGGUGAAAAUUUGAUUAUCCUGUGCAAAAUUAAGAGUGUCGUAUUUGAUCAUGUCGUACUGAGCGCACGACCGCAGUGAUGCAAUAAAACAAAUUAUCCCCUUGCUUUCCGAGCUAGAUCAGCUGCAUGAAGAAGUCGAAUUUGUGCUGCACUUUGCAUUUGCUCAUUUGUAUUAUUCCGCAAAAAUAAGUACUGUCAGUACUACGAUACUUUUGCAUAUCCAUAUCACUGACGCUCUACGAGGAGGAUACUGUCCGACCGUAUGGGCAGAACCUGCACAAGAACGGACUCCAGGGGUUUUGCAAGGACGAAGUGUCACGAAAAUUGGGCCAAAUCCCAGAGAACAUCGUCAGUGGGGUGCUCGUAUGCACUGCAAACAAAUAUGUCUGGGAAAAGAAGAAUGCGACAUUUGUCAUGCUAGUCUGGCAACAUGACACUGAGCCCUGUAUUGCGUGGCCACGAACAGCUCCUCUUUUGUGUCAUGCAAAGUGCUGGCUGCUUCUCAUGCGGAAUACGCAACACAGAGCGACGGAAGAAUCAAUCUGUCAUGCGUGGCGGUGCAUUGCAGUGUACUUUCUUUUCACCGACAUGCAUCAUAAGUUUCCAGACCCGGACAUAUUUGCAAUGCAUAGCUCGGGGGCUGGGGCCCGAUUUUGGUUCGCGGGGUCCGGGACGUCGUGUCUCGCUGGAAACUAUCCUGUGCAAAAGUAUCGCACUCGUAGUAAUCGCAAUCCUGCAUUACAAAUCUUGCUCUUAAGGUAAAACUGCAUUACAAAUUUUAUUUCUCACGCUGAGGAAAUUUUUUUAUACGAGUACAAUGCUUUUGCAAUGCAUAGAAACAAGUAAAGCCGGAAUCGGGUGAGAAAAACAAAAUGCAGAAAGACCGGGAAGGAGAUGAAAAUACUGAAUCGAUGCCGACUACAACAGCGGGGCGAAUAUUUUGGACCUCCUCCGAGAACGACGACCUUCUGCGAAAGAGAGGUCGUGCACGGUCAGACAACAAGCCUGCAUCGCAAGAACGACCAAAUGGUGAAGAUCUUCUUCAGGUGAAGAAGUCGACUGAAGAUGUUCUAGAAGGUGGUCUUGCAGCCGAGGAUAAAAGGGUAGUUGCUCAGGACGAAGACGUAGUGGGUGAUGACGCGGAGCUCAGCAUUCACAGUAGAUACCUGUAUGACGAGGAGGACAUAAAUGCUGAGGACAAAACUGCUCCCGAUGAUUCAGUUGAUCCGGCCCCGGCGCUCCUCACCUACACGACCCCUCGGACGAGGAACAAGCGUAAAACAAUCCUCCGCUUCACGGCCAAUCGCAACUCGAAGUUUUUCUUCCGCUCCCUGAUUGGGCGCAAUCCGGACAAAAGGGUGGGGGUCUUCAUUGACGGGCCCAAGGGCAACGAGGCGUACCAAUUCGGGCGGGAAUUGUUUGACGAGUUUGACAAUGUCGUCUUUUUUGCCCUGCACGACACCAAUCCGAACAUUGGCAGCAAAAACUUCAUAUCAAAUGCAAAAAUGUCUGGGUCAGGAUGAAAGUUGGAACUUGUAAUGCUGGUCUUACAUUCCUGAACAAUCUGUAUUGCAUGACCAGCAAAAGACGUGGCGUCCUCUGUCGUACAAAAUAAACGCAGUUUCUCAUGCAGACAGCGUAUGAGAAACCGUUCUGCAAAUUUGUCAUGCUUGGCUGCAUUCGGAAGCGCUUUCAUCAUGAACAGUUCAGCAUCACAGGUUUCCAGACCCAGACAUGUUUGCAAUGCAUACUUCACGGACACGAAGUUCUACCGGACAAAAGACCCGCCAACAAAAACCGUGUUCCCCCUGAAUAAGGGGAAGAAAAUUUAUGCAUUGCAAAUAUGUCUGGGUCUCGUCUGGAAGAUUUGGGGAGUUUGUCAUGCAAGUUGUACAUGCCUUUGCCUGCCCAUGUUGCCUCUGAUGCAUGCUAUAGCAUCACAGCUUUCGGCGCAAAGGUUUUCACAUGUCUAAACUGCAUGAGAAAUGCCCUCUCCGGGAGGUGGCAACAAUCUGAGUGUCUUUUGCCUCUCUUGCAAUAGAGAUUUUUGUGUGAUCGACGGCUGGCAUCACAAAUCCCAUUCUUUCCAGAGGACCCAGACUUAUUUGCAGUUGAUAGAAUUGCUCUGUCGACGACUACAUCCGCAUCGUCCGAGCGAAACUACUCUGUAGACAUUCGACCGGAGAGGGAUGACGGCAGUAGUACCGACGGAAAGACAGAGAGGUGCUGGAUGCUGGAUCCAAGAUUUGGCUCCUGCAACCGCUUUAUGACAGUUCACAACUCUUCCUCCCCCCCAUUUGUCUUUGUCAUGCAAAAUCCCCAAUCCAGUCGCUGCCCUGUGGCGCUGUUUGCAUGACAGGUUCUGGCAGCCCAAAUAGUACUACACUCCAGUGCAGAUUUGUCAUGCAAAUGCUGAUGCAGAUGCGUGUAAGUUUAUUGCCGUUCAUGCUAUAAUACAAAUGAGGGGGACGAGGGGAAGUUGUGCACUGUCAUACGCUUAAGUUUGUCGACGGAUGUGUGGUUUCCAACGUCGAGAGCGGAGAGCUACGAUUUCUGGUAUGCCCUCCGCAUGGAACAAAACUGCUGAUCAUUUCUUGCGCCGAUACUUUCCUAUUCCUUGCGUUUGCUGAAAUCUUCCAAACAACGUUCUACUAGUAAGCAUAAGCAUAAGUAAAUGUAAAUGAUGAAAGAUGAAAACCCCACAUCGCAGGUGGCUCCCCUCCUGUAGGCGGCCCUACGUGAUUGAGACCUUCCAGCCCUAUUACCGCUCGAAGUUUGCGCACCUGGACCAAGAUUCAGUUGCGGAGUUGCGGCACCGCUGGCUGGACGAGUUCGACAUUCAUCCCUCCGAAACCUGGGCCCGGGACAUGCCCAAAGACGAUCGGUGGAAGCGGUUGUUUGAAAUCAAACGAGGAGGGCACGGGCUCACGCUGUUUGUGCGAAGGGGGGCCGAGAAGGUCGCGGGAUAACAAACUAGAAGUAUUCGGCGGGGAUGUAAAUGUUGCACAUGCAUUUUCAGGUCGUUUGGCCACUUUGUGUGAAGAGAGCUUGUCUUUGUGUUUGAUGAAGAACCACGAUGUUGAACUUGAAAGCAAAGCUUUAUAGAAUAUGACCACGUUUUUAAGAACCCUACAAAAAUGAAGAAAAAGAACCAGAGGAAAGUGUAAACUCAAGCACGGAGAAGUUUCAAUUAUUCGCGUUGACAUCAUUUGACAAAGAACCACUUUUCAGUCUGCGAAGUGAAGAUACUCAAAGUACGAGAGCAAGGCACAACAAAAUGUAGGAUGCGGG